AUAAAAAAAAAUCAUCUCCUUUACCAGUCAGUUUCGAAAUGCCGUCCCAAGUGGAAUUAUUUGUUUGGAUCGUCAGCUUACUGAUCGCGGUUUAUUACGGUAUCAGGUACGCUUCCAGCUAUUGGAAGCGCCAAGGAAUCGAACAGGUUGAUCCAACAUUUCCGGUUGGCAAUUUUGGAGCUUUCUUUCGAGGUCGAUCGCCGUUUAUGGCGAUCUGUGAAGAUUUGUACCGGGUAGGCAGAAAUAAAGUGAUUGGAAUCUAUAUCCUGUUGCAGCCGAUGCUUUUGAUCACCGAUGCAGAACUAGCUAGAAACAUUUUGGUGCGCGACUUUGGGAAUUUUCACGAUCGACAAUCGGUUCCCGUUGAUGAGCAGCGAGAUCCGCUGAAUAGCCAUCUGUUUUCAUUGGCCGGCGAAAGAUGGAAGCAUAUGCGGGGUCGAUUGACACCGAUCUUCACUUCUUCUAAAUUGAGGGGAAUGUUGACUUCCUUAGAAGAAAGUGGCAAGGUGUUGCAAAGCUAUUUGAAAGAGCACGCUGAAGCCGGCCGGGUUGUGAAGAUCAGUGAUCUUUUGGCACGUUACAGUAUCGAUAACAUCGCUUCGAUUGUUUUUGGAAUCAGGAUCGAUUGCAUUAGCAAUCCCAAUGAAGCUUUUCGAGUUAUGGGAAAGAAGAUGUUCGAACCAUGUUUUGAGACCAACAUGCGAGGACUACUGAACAUAGUCGUACCGAAAGCGAAUCGUUUCCUGAAGGUAAAUUUCGUGCCUGGUCCAGUUGAGAAGUUCUUCCUCGAUUUGGUUCAGAGCACUGCGAAGCAUCGGGAUCUUUCCGGAGUGAUCAGACAAGAUAUGAUGCAGCUACUCCUUCAACUAAGGAAUUCUGGAACCGUGUCCCAGACAGAUGGUCAAUUUGCAAGCCUUUCUUUAAAAGAAAUCGCUGCCCAUGCCUUUGGUUUCUUUCUGGCCGGAUUCGAAACUUCCUCAACUACAAUGUCGUUCUGCCUAUACGAACUGGCUAAAAAUCCAGAAAUCCAAAGGAAAGUUCAACAGGAGCUGGACCAGAUCCUUGACAAGUACGACGGUCAACUUAGUUACGAAGGGACGAUGGAGAUGCGCUACCUGGAAUGUUGCAUAGAUGAAACCCUUCGGAAAUAUCCACCGAUUCCGGUUUUGAAUCGGGAAUGUACCAUUGACUAUCCGGUUCCGGGUACCGACAUCACCAUCAAGAAAGGGACGGCAAUAAUGAUUCCGGUCUGUGCAUUGCAACGGGAUCCCUGUCACUAUCCGGAACCGUUAAAAUUUAAGCCAGAACGAUUCCUUGACCAAAACCUCAAAGACAAACCGUACGCUCCUUUCGGAGAGGGGCCACGGGCGUGCAUCGGAAUGCGGCUUGGGAAAAUUCUAACUAAGGUUGGGUUGGCCCGGAUGUUUUCCAAAUUCAAUUUUGAGCUUACCGAGCGGGACCAAUCGGAGCUGGAACUGAAUCCAAAGAUAAUUAUUUUGACGCCUCAGAACGGGAUUCGUGUUAGGGUUAGCUGUAGGUAGGUGAUUGAUCUGAUAUUGUAGAAGGUCGGCGAUAGAAAUGUUUUACUUCAGUUAACACCGGAUUCUCAAAGUCGAAUGGAGAUUUAGAAAAUUUAGGUUUCAACUUUAAUUUUAGAUUGAAUUUUAGAGUUUGGAUUCAGAUUUCAGAUUCAAGACUUAAAUUUCAGAUUUGAGGAACGGAUUUGACUCAAAGAAACCAUGACACAGAAAUUUAAUAAAAGAUGGCUUGCAAGAGGACAAUUCCACAUAAUUUUGAUUGAACCUAAAUAAAAGAUAGCUUGCAAGAGGACAAGUCCAAAUUGUUUUUAAUAAAAUUAAGUAAAACAUGGCUUGCAAAAGGACAAGUCCUCAUUGUUUUUGAAUGAAAUUUAGAAAAAAUGGCUUGCAAGAGGACAAGUCCUCAUUGUUCAAAAAGGAAAAGUCCUUAUUGUUUUUGAAUGAAUUUUUAAAAAUUUGGCCCGCAAGAGGACAAGUCCCCAUCGUUUUGAAUAAAGUUAAAUAAAAGAUGGCUUGCAAGAGGACAAGUCCUCAUUGUUUUAAAUAAAAGAUGGCUUGUAAGAAGACAAGUUCCCAUUGAUGACUUGCAAGAGGAUAAUUCCCCAUCGUUUUGAAUGAAGUUUAAAAAAAUGGCUUGCAAGAGGACAAGUUCAAUUGGUUUGUUUGAAGUUAAAUAAAACGUUGGGCUUGCAGGAGGACAAGUCCACAUCGUAUGAAUGAAAUUAAAUAAAAGAUGGCUUGCAGAAGGACAAAUCCCCACUGUUUUGAAUAAGAUUUAAUAAAAGAUGGCUUGCAAAAGGACAAGUCCCUAUUUUUUUGAAUGAAGUAAAAUAAAAGAUGGCUUGCAAGAGAACAAGUCCUCAUGGUUUUGAAUGAAAUUGAAUAAAAGAUGGCUUAUAAAAGGAUAAGUCUCCAUUCUUUUUAAUGAAGUUAAAGAAGAGAUGGCUUGCAAGAGAACAAGUUCCCAUUGUUUUGAAUAAGUGAGAUUAAAAAAAGGCUUACACGUCCCAAUUGUUAUUAAAAUAAAAUUUAAAAAACGAUGGUUUGCAAGAGGACAAAUCUAAAUUGUUUAUGAAUAAGAUUUAAUCAAACAUGGCUUUCAAGAUGACAAGCCCUCAUUAAUUUUGAAUAUAAUUUACUAAAAGAUAGCUUGCAAGAGGACAAGUCUCCAUUCUUUUGAAUUAAAAUAAAUAAAAGAUGGCUUGCAAGAGGACAAGUUCCCGUUGUUUUAAAUGAAGUUAAAUAAAAGAUGGCCUGCAAGAGAAUAAGUCCUCAUCGUUUUCAAUGAAGUUGAAUAAAAGAUGGGUUAUAAAAGGAAAAAUCUCCCUUCUUUUGAAUGAAGUUAAAUAAAAGAUGGCUUGCAAGAGGACAAGUCCCCAUUGUUUUGAAUAAAUGUGAAUAAAACAUGCCUUGCAAAAGAACAAGUCCACAUCGUAUGAAUGAAAUUAAAUGAUAGAUGGCUUGUUGGUCCCAUUUGUUUCUAAUAAGAUUGAUUAAAAGAUGGCUCACAAGAGGACAAGUCCAUACUUUUUUUAAAUGAAAUUAAAAAAAAGAUUCUUUUUUUUCAAGGAAUUUAACAGCAAGCUGUCAUUCUUCCCAAGAUAGAUAAUAGAUGGCUUGCAAGAGGACGAGUCCACUUCGUAUUCAUGAAAUAAGAUAAAAGAUGGCUUGAAGAAGGACAAGUCUCCAUUGUUUUAAAUAAGAUUCAAAAAAGAUGGCUUUCAAGAGAACAAGUCUUCAUUGGUUUUUGAAUAAAAUUUAAUGAAAGAUGCCUUGCAAGAGUCCAUUGUUUUGAAUGAAGUUGAAUGAAAGAAGGCUAGCAAGAGUUUUUUUUUAUUAAAUUGAAUUAAAGAUGCCUUGCAGUUCAAAUUGUUUUUUUUAAUCAAAUAAUAGAUGGCUUGCAAGAUAACAAGUCCACAUCGUAUGGAAGAAAAAAAUAAAACAUGGCUUGCAGAAGGACAAGCUCCCAUUGUUUUUGAAUAAAACUAUAUAAAAGAUGGCUUGCAAGAUGAAAAGUCC